UGGCAUUUAGUCAUGGCGUGUAAACCAUUAAUUCUUUUUGUGGUCACCUUGUUUGGUUCCUUCAUUCAGUUUUCUGGUUUGUAGCUUCGUUGGCAACAUAACUCAUUUAAGCUUGUUUUGAAAUUUGACAUUGGGACGAAUAUUUGAAUAUAAUUUUUGUUUUUCGUCCUUCUGCAGCCUGCCUUACAUGGACCAAGUAUCCUGACUCCAUAUUGAGUGUUUGGAAUGGUUCAAAGGUUGAAUUACAGUGGGAUUACAAUCUGACCACGGCAGAACAGAAUGUUGUGAAAACGGCUUUUAGUUUGUUUUGGAAACGAGGCAAUGAGUCCCAUCUGGUUAAUGUCGCAUCAAAGACAUUUCAUAUAUUUGUUCCACCCGAGACGAUAUCGGAGCCGCUCAGACCACAUAUCACUAUAAGCAGAUCAGAAAAAGCAACACUGAUUAUCAAUGACGUUACUAAGGAA